AUGUCUCUUUACCUCGAGGACUUAAGGGCCAGCAGAAAUGCCAGAAGAGAUCCUGGGGGCCCCCAGGGGGGCCCCCAGGGGGGCCCCCUUGAGGGGGGCCCCCUCUGGGGGGGCCCCUUGGGGGCCCCCCCCGAGGGGGGCCCCCUGAAGGGCCUCCUGGAGGGAGAAACUCCAGAUGGGGCGAGCUUCUCAGAGGCCCCCCCAGGGGCCCCUCAGGGGGCCCCCUCAGGGGCCCCUCAGGGGGCCCCCUCAGGGGCCCCUCAGGGGGCCCCUGAGGGGCCCCUGAGGGGGCCCCUGGAUGUGGGAAACCCGGGGGCCCCCAAAGAGGGUAUUUGGGGGGGCCCCCGGGGCCUCGCAUGCAUGCGGUCUCAAGAACUGUCUCUUGUUGAGGGCCCCCAGUUCAUCGGCAACGUGUUGGUGGACCCCUCCGCCGUGGUGGGCCCCGACUCGGUGCUGGGCCCCAACGUGACCGUCGCCGCCGACGUCCAAAUUGGCCGCGGCUGCAGACUCAAGAAUUGCGCACUUCUUCCGGGAGUCAAAGUUGGGGACUUUAGUUGGAUAAAUAGUGCCAUUUUGGGCUGGCAUUCGCAGGUUGGGAAGUGGGUGCGGGUGGAGGGCCUCUCAGUGGUGGGCGAAGACGUUCGCCUGCAAGACGAAGUCUUCGUCAACGGGGCUUUCAUUUUGCCCCACAAAACCAUCGCCAACUCCAUCCACCAACAGGGUACAAUCAUCAUGGGGCCCCAGGGGGGCCCCAGGGGACCCCAGGGGGGCCCCAGGGGACCCCAGGGGGGCCCCAGGGGGCCCCAGGGGGCCCCAGGGGGCCCCCUUGUGGGGCCCCACAGGGGCCCCCUUGUGGGGCCCCAGGGGGCCCCCUUGUGGGGCCCCAGGGGGGCCCCCUUGUGGGGCCUUACAGGGGGCACUGGGUGA